AUAAACAUACGUACAGUCCCUGCGAGAGAGGAAGACCACGUCGUUGUUAUUCACGGUCAAGUUGGAGAACUUUUGGUGACUGUUUGUGCUUUUUGUUCUCCUUGAAAAACUUAACACAGACCAAAAAGAAAACAAACCCAAAAACCUUGGGAGUUGAAGCAGCUCCAGGUGGAGUUUUUGCGACUGCCCCUGCGACUUUUUCCUCUGAAAGUUGCGCUCAAAUGAUUCCAGAGUCUCUCGAGAUUUUGUUUUCCGCAUGGGAACUUAAACGUAUUUAGAGGAGAGGAAAAAAGAAACACCACUCUAUGAGGAUUAUCUCUUUGCUGUGAAGUUCAACGCCGUCGAGUAAAGAAGAGUUUCUCCGGCGGGGAGCAGAAAACGGCAUGUAGCGCAGGAUCGAGGCACCCAUUCAACCUCCCCCUCCUCGUCGUCCUAUUCCUCCUCUCCGGACAUCUUUGGGAAUGGGCCAGCGCCUUGCCAGGGUGCAUCUUUCCACCCGGUGGCGUGGCUGGCGUCGUGCGAGAGUGAGGAGGGCAGCGGCCAGGUCAUAGAGCCCGCCCACCCCUCUCUCCGCUUGCUUGCUCCCAACUGACUUUUGACCUUUGACUCUGCCGUGACCUCCAGCCAGCCAUGCCCUUCCGGCUGAAGCUGCGGCGCACACGGCGCUACAACGUCCUGAGCAAGAACUACUUUGUGACACGGAUUCGCCUGCUGGACACCAAUGUGAUUGAAUGCACUCUGUCAGUGGAGAGUACGGGACAGGAAUGUCUGGAGGCGGUGGCCCAAAGGCUGGAACUACGGGAGACCCAUUUCUUUGGGCUGUGGUUCCAAGGGAAGACCCAGGCCCCGGCCCAGCGCUGGGUGGAGCUGGAGAAACCCCUCAAGAAGCAGCUGGACAAGUUUGGCAAUGAGCCACUGCUCUUCUUUGGAGUCAUGUUCUACGUGCCCAGUGUUUCCCGGCUGGAGCAAGAAGCUACCAGGUAUCAGUAUUACCUGCAGGUGAAGAAGGAGGUGUUGGACGGACGUCUCCACUGCUCGGUAGAGCAGGGGAUCAUACUAGCGGGCCUCGCAGUACAAGCUGACUUCGGAGACUUCACUCAGUUCAUGUCUCAGGACUUCCUCAGGGAGUACGUGCUCUUCCCAGUGAGCUGGCCCAAUGGAAAAGAGGUUCUGAAGGACUUGACCCAGAAAGUUGCUGAGGAGCACAAAAGCCACUGUCGAAUGCAGGCCGCUGAAGCAGAGCUGCUGUACAUCAAGGAGGUGGAGAAACUGGACGGCUUCGGGCAGGAGAGCUUUCCUGCUAAGGACAACUACACCAAUGAUAUUUUCAUUGGUGUGUCCUUCAUUGGGGUGUUUGCCAAACACAGAAACGGCAGAUCCAUCAUGCUCCACAAGUGGAAGGACAUCGGCACCAUAGCGCACAACAAGUCAGCCAUCACAGUGGAGAUAACAAGCAGAGACGACACCAUCUUUUUUCACAUGGAGGAUAUGGAAAUGGCCAAGUACAUCGCUCGUCUUUUCACGGCCAGACACAAAUUCUACAAACAGAACAAGAUCUGUGCAGAGCCCACUCACUCACCUGCACCAAUCAGGAGGAGACCCACCUGGACCCACCGCAUAUCUCUGCCGCGGCCUCAGUCAUGUAACUUCCAGUCGAUGCAUUCCCAGUAUGGAGAGCAUUAUCAGGACACGCAGAGCUCUCAAGACAGUAUCUUUCAUGAUGACCCCUAUUACAAGUCAGAGACCAGUCUGGACCGCUGCCAGGUGGACUUUCCCUUCCGAAAUGGUACCGUGCCCAAUGGGAGCAUGUACAGCAGCCCCAGCCUCAGCUCCCUCAAUCAUUCCCAGACUUUCGUCCCGCCCUCGCCCAUGUCCUCCAACCUCAGCAUCCCUGGCAGUGAGCUCAUGCGCCCCGACUACAUCCCCAGCCACCGCCACAGCGCCAUCAUCGCUCCGUCCUACCGGCCCACGCCUGAGUAUGAUGCUGUCAUGCGGCAGAAGCGGCGCAUGCUUCCCGCUCACCAUGACCUCCACAGCCAAUCGCUGCGGAGUCUGAACAUCAGUAAUGCGUGUGCUUACCGCCAGCCUGAGGCUCUGGUGUAUAGUCAGCCAGAGAUGAGGGAGAGGGGCCCUUAUCAUGGCCUGGGGCCCAACCCGGGACAGUACACACCACAGAUCAGCUACAGUAAGCCUGUGUCCCAUGGCCCUCAUCAGGGAGGACCAGCCAACAGCCAGGGCCACUGUCAUUCACCCUGCGUUAAUGGAGGUGGAGGCAGUGGCGGGGUUGGAGGAGUAGGAAGCUCCAUCUCUCACACUGUCAGCACACCUGAGCUGGCAAAUGCCAAACAACAGGGGAACAAUGCAGGAAGCUAUGCAGCGACAGCUAACAUGCUGAGAAACCACAUGUCGCGCCCUCCUCCACCUUACCCUUCCAGCUCCUUCCGCCCGGCUACCAGCACCCCAGACCUGGCCAGCCACCGUCACCGCUGCAUCGGGGGCAGCAGCCCAGAGCUGGUCACCCGCAUGGUGCAGCUGUCGGUCAAGACCUUCCAGCCGGACAGCUCGGCCGUGGUGCACCAGUCCCUGCAGGAGGUUAGUGAACCUUUAACAGCAGCUGCUAAGCACCGCUCCACCCUGGGCAAGAGACACAGCAUGGAGGUGAUCAGUAGCAUGAGAGGGGGUGGAGGAGGAGGGAUGGAGGGCAUGGUUAUGAAGGGCAUGAAUGCUCCCCUUCAUCGAAGGAAUACUCUCAGAGAACACGUGAUGCCCCCUCAGCCUCAGACCAUUCCUCAGCCGCAACCCCAGCCCCAAACCCCUCAGCCACAACCCCAGCCGCAGCCUCAACCUCCACCUCAGCAGCCACAGGAGUUGCCUAUGCAGAUACCUGCCCAGAAAGCCCCUGAGGCUUCUGUAGCACCACCUGGGCCAGUGGCCUACCAGCAUCAAAAGACUCUCUCGAAUGCUACCAUGCUCAUACACAGUAGUGAGAGUGAAGAAGAGGAGGAAGAGGAAGAGGAGAGGCCUGAGCUGGAUGUUCAAAUCCCAGGUCUCAAUGAGGACAUCAGCAUCAGCGCGCAGCUCCAGGCUGCUCUGGCCAAGCUGCCCAACAAACCCCCUCCAGAGUACCCUGGCCCUCCUAGACCUCCCAGCAAUGCUCAAAUCCGCACCCACACCCACAAUCACAACCACACUCACCACCACAACCAUAAUCAAGGACCCCAGAGCAACCAGGGACCGGUGGACCCACACCAAGCCCAGGGCCGAGCGCUCAAAACCGGGCCGAGCCCUAACGGACCUGGAGGUGGUGGUGCAGGCGGUGGUGGGACACUGACCCGAGGGGACCAGGGUGGAGUGAAUGGAGCAGUUUUAGGUCCAUCCAUUUCAGAACCGGACCUGACCAGCGUGAAAGAGAGGGUGAGGAAGGAGCCGGUCAAAGAGAGGCCGGUGUCAGAGAUGUUCUCCUUAGAAGACAGCAUAGUGGAGAGGGAAAUCGCUCAGAGGACGCUGGAAAGACAGAAGAUGUCCGUGGACUCCAUGAAGAGGCCGCUGAUGAUGGCCGCCCUCAACGGCCUCUACGUGGCCCGAAUGCCCGUCCCGGAAAGUCCCGCGGAAGACGGUGCCAAGGCUGCCACCGACGAACGGUGUAAGACGUUGGAGUUGAAGCUGGAGGAGGAGCGGGUCUUCACCGAGUACGAGCAGGUUCCCAAGAAAAGGGCAGACUGCGUCCUCACCACAGCAACUCUGCCCGAAAACACGGAGCGCAACCGCUUCCGCGACGUCGUCCCGUACGAAGAGAAUCGGGUCGAGCUUGUGCCGAACAAGGAGAACAACACGGGCUACAUCAAUGCCUCGCAUAUCAAGGUGAUGAUCAGAGGGGAGGAGUGGCACUACAUUGCCACCCAGGGCCCGCUAGCCAACACCUGUGCCGACUUCUGGCAGAUGGUGUGGGAGCAGGGGGUCAACGUCAUCGCCAUGGUUACUGCCGAAGAGGAGGGUGGCAGGUCCAAGAGUCACCGCUACUGGCCCAAACUGGGCUCCAAACACAACUCCGCCACGCAUGGCAAGUUCAAGGUGACCACCAAAUUCCGCACAGACUCAGGCUGCUACGCCACCACAGGGUUAAAGGUCAAACACCUGCUGUCUGGCCAGGAGAGGACGGUCUGGCACCUGCAGUACACUGACUGGCCGGAGCAGGGCUGUCCCGAAUAUGUCCAGGGAUUCCUCUCCUACCUAGAGGAGAUCCAGUCUGUAAGGAGACACACUAACUCCAUGCUGGACACCUCGAAGAGCCUCAACCCCCCCGUGGUGGUGCACUGUAGCGCCGGGGUGGGUCGCACCGGAGUGGUCAUCCUCACUGAGCUCAUGAUCAGCUGCCUGGAGCACAACGAGCCAGUGGAGGUUCCCACCAUGCUGUCAGGGCUGAGGCAGCAGAGGAUGCUGAUGGUGCAGACCAUCUCCCAGUACAAGUUCGUCUAUCAGGUCCUCAUCCAGUCCCUCAAGAACGCCCGCCUCAUCUGAGCCCGGGAUCCUGAACUCUGACCAUACCCGACGUGGCAAAACGACUCCAGAUAACGACAACGGUACUUCAAAUUAACGCCAGGACUGUACAGCAGAUACACUUUAACCGAUAGCAGCAGAGAUUCGUGUUGAGUUUUCUAAGUGGCAGUUUUUGGAAAUUGUAGCGGAUUUUCACACAAGCUCAACUCAAGGGAGGGAAGGAUUCGUGUAGGCCUGUAUAGAAAUUGACAACCUUAAUCAGUGUAUUCAGACGUUCUUUUGUCCCCCUGAGUUUCAUUCUUAGAUCUGGUCCCUCUGUGUGGAGAACGCAUGCUCGUGCCUUUUCUCCAUGCAGGUCAGGUGAAUACGCAGCUUGUUUUGCCUGCAGGUGUGAAUGUGUUUGUCUGCCCCCCAACGUGUUCUCGAGAAAUCAAAUCUGAGUUCGGAUUGAUUGCCCGCCUGUUACAUUUCUCAUCCAUGAUUUAGCCGUGAUUGGAAAUGGCACUAUGCUGCAUGAACAGUAGGUGGCAGCAGUAUUAUAUUACUAUUUUCUAUACUCUGAAAGAGUUUGCCAAACGAAAGUAUUCUUUAAAUCACUGUUCUAAAAUUCCAUUAUUUUUAACAGAGUAUUGAUUAGUACAGCAAAUAUUUACUUCAACAUUGUAACAAAUGUUUUUAUUUAUUUCUAUCGAGAUUGUGCUCACCUUUGCCAUUGAGCGGAGGAGCGUUGACAAGCACGUUGACUGAUCAAAUACUGUUUUUCAUCUUUUGUCAUAGUUUUUACUGUAUUCCUCGUCAUUGUCAAAAGGAUCGUUCUCAUUUCCCCUCCUGGGCAGCCUCGUUUGACGCGUUUCUAUUGAGGUCCAUCUUUCACAUUUUCAUCUGAAUCACAGCUCCUUGCGAUCGAAUGUGUCUCAUCGCAUUUCUUACCUGAAAGCAUUUCAGACGUCUAAAAGGUGUUGGUCCAGUGACUUUGGAGAUAAUUUAUAAGUAUAAUUUUACUCACUGCAUAUGCACUCAAUAGAGAAUUGUGUCCUUAUACAACAAAUACUGUAAAUACUGCAUCAUUGUGCCUUAUUGAAGCCGCCUGGCUGACAUCCCUGUCCUUGUUUUGGGAUCCUGGAUGGGUUUGAUAAACUAAAAUCUUUUUUUUUUUUAACCUCCAAAGAUUAAAUCUUUAAAUCAGUACUUAAUAGUUCGUGUUUUAUUAUUACAGAAACAGCAUUUCAAAUAAUUUACCUAACGCCUUUGGUAAAGACUUUGCAGUAGAGGAACGCUGAUAUCUUGGCUUAUUUUUGAAGGAUAGUAGAAUAAAAGUGACACAACUGAGUUUCCCAAAAACAGAAAAAGAAGGCAGCCGCUUCUAAUAAUCUGAUCCAAACCCAAUAAUUAAGUGCCGCCAUGUUCCUACAUCCUGUUUAUAAAUUACUUUUACAUGUUACAUUAAAUAUACUUUUCUAUUUUUCUGAAUGCAAAGCCAGCCAUGUCCAAAGUAACAUUGUAUAUAACGGGCAUGUGAGAAAAGAUUUCUACAAAUGUUUUAUAUAGUUUUCUUUUUUUGUUUGACUUGGUACCCUAAAAAUACCGCAACAUAAUAAACUAUGCAUGCGUUUUUAUAUUUUAAUGUAUAUAUUCUCAAGUAAGUAUAAGCUUUAUGCUCUCUUGACAUAUAAGUGUUUUGUUGCACUUCUGUUCUCUUUGUGACAGUAUUUUCUCACACGGCAUUCCUCUAUUUGUUAAUAUUUAAUUUUUCCCCUUUUUUUGGCAAAACUCCCAAAUACCUUUUCAAAGUAUGUGUACAUAUGUUUUGUAUAUGCGUUUUCAGUGCUUCAAGUCUUUUGUUUUCUCUCCCCAGACAUGUAUGAAGCUGUCGUACUUGCUUAUUAUGCAAUAAAGCCUUAUUUUCUUUAA